AAAGCUAUGAACAAGCAAGGUUUCAAGACACUUAAGUUUAGGAGAUGGGGAAAGCGAAUCGGAAGCUCAACAACAGCUUCCGCGACGCUACGAAACUCAGAGGAAAGAAGAACGAUUGUGGCGUUUGCGUUCUCAUGUUGUGGAAAACCUCCUCGCGUUCUCCUGAAGCAGUUUGUUUGGAGGUUGAAAUCACGUUUAAGGUGGUCGCGGAAGAGUGGUAGUAAUAAUAUCCAGUGUAGAGAGAGACGCAGAGAGUAAACUAAGUUAAAAGCUAUGAGCAAACAAGGUUUGAAGAGACUUCAGUUUCAGAGAUUGGGAAAGCGAAUUGAAAGCUCAACGACGGCUUCAGCGAGGCUAGGAAAUUCAGAGGAAAGAACGAUCGUGGCGUUUGCGUGCUCAUGUUGUGGAAAACCUCCCCGCGUUCUCGUGGAACAGUUUAUUUGGAGGUUGAAAAAGCGUUUUCGGUGGUCGUGGAAGAGUGGUAGUAAUAAUAUUCAGAGUAGCUAUGAUCUCCGAAGCUAUCAUCUGAAUUUUGACAAGGGUUGGUCUCGUCAACGGUGAUUUUGAUCAAACCGAAAUUAUUAUUGUCUUUUGAGCCUUUUUAUUUUCAUUUUUUUGUAUAUAGUUAAAGUUCCAAUCUUAUAUAAAAUAACUUUUGAUAAA